GCUCAUCAGUUGCCCCCCCGCACAGCACAUUCCUUCAACGCAACCCACCAUCGUUUAGACGGAAUGAUUUCGAAUCUGCAACAUUCUAUGUCCAUUGUUAGAUCGCUGUUCUUCGGACUGGAGCCGGGAACAAAAGUCAAGGUCACACCAUGUCGUCGUCACACAAGUCCAAUGGUGGUCGAAUACCCAGACCAAAAGAUUUUGCAUCACAAUCACGAAGCGCAUCGUCCCCAGUGACAACGUCCUCUGCGACUUCUGGCGCUUUUCCAAUUUCACUGUUUCCCAAGCCUCAAAUGAAUACCUCGUCGAGGACUAGCAGGACAUUGUCAGUUUCCGACGCAGCGCAAGGUUCUCAGAUUCCAGCGCCAUCGAGGCCUGUCAAAACAACCUCCAACAGCGAUGUCCGGCUGUCUUUUCUUCCUCGACCAAAUACUCAGUCAUUGCCUCGAGCAUCACACCGUUCACCCAUCAGUCCCUUGACAACCGGCCAAACCACCCAGUCACCCUCUGGCCCGGUGGCAAAACCUCAACCUACGCCAAAGACCGAUAAGCAAGCAUCUGUGAGCAAUAAAGCACGAAAUAUCCUUCGCAGGAAGGCUCCAACAAUCGGGCAGCGUGCUGAACAUACGAUCGAGACCGCAAGGCCUGGAAAGUUGAGUGUGAUUAUUCCGAACAGCGUUCGCCCCACCCAGGCCAUGAAUGCUACACCGAGGAAUCCCUGGGACCAACCGGAGUUGGCUCGGCUGCGAACCUCACUAUCUGUUUCGCAAGAUAAGACUGCCCAAAAAUCAGCAGAGCCCCAGCCUCAAGCUAUCCAGGCACCAAAAGAGCUUGCCAGCCUGCGAACAACCGUCAAUACCCAGAACCUCCCUCCGCCAACUCCGAACUUCCCCUCAGCCAGCACGCCCUCGACACGGUACUCCUCCUCCCCGGGGAUAUGGAGUAGGGGGUCCACUCCGACUUCAGUCUCGUCAUACUCACCGGGAAUUGUUCAACCUGUGAAGUUUGGUUACCGUUCAAGACACCCGAGUCCUUCUCAGUUCAGACUUCCAUUCUUCUCUCCGAUAUCAUACGCCAGUCCACAAAGUGAUCGAUUGGAGCAAAAUGCCAGCAAGUCUCCGAAUUUAGAAAAAGGUGCUGGGUCCAGUACGUCAUUAUUGGUCCAAGGUGAACUCGAAAUCUCCCCGAAGAGCACAGGACCUGCAAAAGCAGUGACUCCAUCAAACAGCCUCCUGCCACGGCGAUCGUCGUUAAGGCCGAGCCUUCCGACGAAAGCCAAGCCGGAUGCUGAACCAGCCCAUAAGAAAGACGAGAUAAAAAGACCCAGCAUUGACCGUAGAGCAAGUAUGGGAGCCACAAAGACUCUCGAUCCUUCCAAGGACUCAAAACAACAGAGUCCUAGAAGACCGAGCAGAGAUGGCACUGAUCGAUUGGAGUUGGAGCCUUCUCCCGUGAUCCGAAGCAAUGUGCCACCCAAGUCAGUAACCAGCCACAAACGGCGCGAGUCAGCAGAGAACUCCCCAGUGCGGCAACAGCAACCUCCGAGUCAGUCUGCGGCUGCAUCAGUUGACUCUCUUCAUUCGCGCAGCACAUCGCAACUUACUCUGCCAACUUCCAUAUCGCCAGUGAUUUCACGGAAGUCACCACAACCGCAGCCUUUGACCCAAGAUCCAAAGAAGAAACAGGAAGUCAAGACCCCAGCGCCUAAGAGAUUCGGCCUCUUCCCCAAGAAAUCAAAAUCGGACUUCGACAGGUCUACCUUGGAGCAAAUCAAAGCAACUAGGAAAGGCCCAGCUGCUGGAACCGGGCAUGAAGGCUAUGGAAAGUAUUCCGGGCGAGGCCGGAAGACAAGCACCAGCAGCAACAGUACCAGACCGCGAUCCAAUAGCUUGACUAGUGCACCCAAGCCCGGCUCUAGCAUUAAGGGUGGUGUCAAAGGUCGACCGGAUUUGAACAUCGACAACUUCUUUCUUGAUCGUCUGGAACCCGUGGUUAUCAAUGGUGGAGGCAUGGACGAAGCAGCUUUGACACGAACGCGAAGUGAACAGAGCGUAAAGAGUGCAGUCAGCAGCAGCGGCUCUACUAUAAACUUGACAAAAUACUCAAAGGGAUCACACUCGACCGGUUAUUCCACCGACUCACUGGCCACUUCAACGGAUACCAUCGAACCCGAACCCGAACCAAAGGUUUCCAAACCAGGAGCAGCUUCCGAUAGCUACCAGACUGCUGGACAGUCAAGCAUGCCCGUUCCUCCAGAGUCUAGUGAGACCACGCCUCUCACGAGAUUCAACUCGACAGCGCCUCUUCCUGUGGAUAAUUAUAGCUUGAGCCCACCGCACACAAGUGCUUCGGAUCACCCCCCGCUUAGUGAGAAAAAGGAUGAGCCACAAAGCCGGGAGAAGAGUCCAAGUAAGAUGAAGGGACUAGGGAUGAAAUGGAGCUUCUUCCAGCGAAGCCACGGCAGCGGUCGCAAGAACUCCACUCCCGAGGAAACGCCUAAUCCCUCUGUCCCUCAGCUUCAUGCGACGAUCGCACCAAUAGCAGCGAAUCGACCUGUUGCUCAUUAUGCGUUUGUAGACACGGAUUCAGAUCCCCUGGAAGAGAUCAUGCAUAGACAUGAGGACUCGCCACCAACAGAGGAUGAGCCAGAAUCUCCAGUGACAAUCCCCGAGGGUCUGAACAUACGAAAGACGCGCGAGUCUACCUUGCUUCCCGAGCCUCCCAAGCUUCAGGGCGAACUACCCAGGGACGGUUGCUCUUCGCCAAAAGUCUAUUUCAGAAAAGACUCUACUGCGACUGUUAACUCUGAGAAGAGCCCUGAGAGGAGCCCCAAAGAUACACGGCCAAGCCGAUUGGCAUCUGUUGGCCGUAUUCCACGAGUAGUCUCGCGGCGUGACAGGCAACACAAACCGGCAAUGCAGUCAUUCUCCAGGCCGUUCAGCUAUGCAGAGUCCCCUUCUUUGACGGCACCGGUCCUCGAUAAGCCACAUGAACGUUCUUUGUCGGAUCAUUCCGCGGUCGACUUCCAACCUAGACCAUACAACCCAGGCUUUGAUGUCACCAAACCCUUCGGGGAUCCUAUGCAGGGAAGCGUGCUGGAUUUUAUUGCGGGCCCUUAUGCAAAGAAUGAGUUCUUGAAGUUUUCUCCAGAUAAAGGGUCGGUGGUCUCAUCUGCAAGUGAUUCGGAACGUUUUUCCGCAGUGACAGCUGUGGUUCCAGGUCCCAGUUCGGAACCCACCGAGGACGAGGUCUGGGGGGAAUAUGACGAUCUCAUCGACCACGUCCUGUCCCCGGAGUCUCCGCAACCCGAGUUUCCUGGUCAAACCGAUGAAGAAGAGAAGUUUGAGUUGGCAACAAUGGCUAGCAAGACGCUUCAAGCAGAGCUAGAUGGCAACGCAGAUCAAAAUACGCUUCCUACUUUGCCUGAACACCCGGCCGAGGCACCAACUCGAUCAGGCAAUGGCUCGAUCCGACUUCGUCGCUCUAGAAUUGCUUCAGCCCUUCGCACCUCGGUUGGUCCUCCCCAACCAUCGUAUGAUGAACUCGUCGCUAAAUAUGGCGAUCCGCAAAGUGAGGACAAAAUCCACAUGGCUCACUUGGACAACUUGCCAGCUCCUACCCAGCCUGUUGAGCAGCAACCGGAUUUUAUCCGCCCGCCAUCUUUGAAACGAUCGCAGAGCUUCGAAACCUGUCGGCAGCGAAAUACUGUUUUGUUUGACAUUGCUGAGCGUGAUCGGGAGGGUCCUACAGCACAAACCAACCUCCGGUCAGGGUCGCUCAUGACUAGCCGGUGGCUAUCUUUUGGGAGGGUGCUUUUCAGUCCUGCUCACAACCACGUUAAGACUGGAGAGCAAGAGCGAAUCCUGGUGAUAGACGGUUUAGGAAACGACGACUGGUCAUUCUACUGCUCCCUGACCUAUCCACAUGCCGAUGUGUACAAUCUUAACAUCGGACCAACUCCAUCAGCAUCCACACACCCAGCCGCCUGGCAGCCACCUUCAAACCAUCACACAGUCUACCACUCCAGCUUCGAUAAACAAAUUCCUUUUCCCAAGGGAUUCUUCGCAGUGACUGUUCUACGUUUUCCCGCUGCCUGUGCAGAAAAAGUUCAAGACAACAUAGUGGCAGAAUGCAAGCGCGUGCUCCGCCCGGGAGGCUACAUGGAAAUGAGCUUGCUGGAUCUUGAUAUGGUAAACAUGGGUAUCCGCACCAGGAAGGCUGUCCGCAGACUCAAAGAGAGAACCUACCUGGCCGAUGCCAAUAUCAGCCUCAAACCGGCCAGCGACAGCAUCCAAAGAUUCCUCGGACGACAUGGAUUUGACAAUCUGAGACGUUGUAUGGUUCGAAUUCCGGUAGCAGGUAUGAUCGUCAGGUCUUCUGCCUCCUCAUCUUCAACCGACUCGUCUUAUUCCAACCUGUCCAUGUCCGCCGCUGCGACGAGUACCUUUUCCCUCCCAGCAAAGUCUACAUUGACGACCUCUCACGGCAAAUGCCCAUCGAACGACACAGACCUGUCCCUGGGGGAUCUACUGUCCGACCCUUCCCCCUCCAACGAUGAGUCUAUCCGCAAGAUCGUCGCCAAGGUCGGCCGGUGGUGGUACACGCGAUGCUACGAGAUCCCCGUCCUCCCAGGUGGCGACGUCGAUCUCAGCAUCUGGGCAGACCGGAAGAUCCUCCGCGAGUGCCAACGUCGCGGCACAGGCUUUCGAUUCCUGAUCGCAUACGCACAAAAGCCCAGCGAGGUGAAACGAAGAACGGCAAGUGUGUAGCCGACCCAUUCACCAACAUCCAACAUGCCAACAUUACAAUAAUGAUGAUGACUUAUGAGAAAUGUUUCUCUUGAUUGACGACUUUACCAUACCCGAACAUACUAUCUAUCUAUCUACAUACGUUGAUUAAUACAUUCCCGAUUUCGAUUUCGAAAACUUGAUAAUACAAAGUUACUUAUACCAGAUUG